AAACAUGGCUUCUCUAGAAAUAUCUCCUGCCACUGAAGACCAGCUGUCUACGGACAUUGACGAUCUCCACUAUUCACUGCAGGCAGAGCAGGAGAAUACGCAAAAGAAGACUUUCACCAGCUGGAUCAAUUCACAGCUGAAAAGGCAUUCUCCUCCUUCUGCUAUCUUGGACUUGUAUGCAGAUGUUGGGAAAGGACAUGUUCUUUUGGAUCUGCUGGAAGUGCUUUCAGGAGAACAACUGCCACGAGAAAGAGGAUGCAGCCCUUUCCAGUGUAGAAGCAAUGUCGAGAAUGCCCUACGUUUUCUCAAGAACAGAUCGAUCAAGCUCAUCAACAUUCACGUUGCCGAUAUCAUUGAAGGGAAUCCAUCCAUCGUACUGGGCCUCAUUUGGACCAUCAUCCUGCAUUUCCAUAUUGAAGAACUAGCUUGGACUCUGGCUUGUGGUUACAAUCGCCUCUCUCCAGACAAUGCAAGUGCUGUUGGAUCCUCACCCACAGCAAGCCCACCGGCGAAAAGAAGCGCCAAAGCAAAGGAGCGAUGGAAGAUGUCAGCGAAGAAGGCUCUGUUGCUGUGGGCCAAGGAGCAGUGUGCCACAUGCGGGUCAGUCAGUAUUGCUGACUUCAAAUCUAGCUGGCGGAACGGAUUGGCUUUCUUAGCGAUCAUUCAUGCCAUGAGGCCGGACUUGGUGGACAUGGAGAAAGCAAAAGGCAGAUCCAACAAAGAGAACCUGAAGGAUGCCUUCCAGAUUGCAGAGAAGGAGCUGAAUAUUCCCAGGCUGCUUGAACCUGAAGAUGUCGAUGUCAUCAGUCCAGAUGAAAAAUCCAUCAUGACGUAUGUGGCUCAGUUCCUCCAGUGUUUCAAAAGUUUACCUGUAGCCAAAGAAGACAUGCAGGGGAAAGUCCAAGAGACCUUCAGCUGGCUGGAUGCGCAAGAGAAGAAGUUAACAAAGUUGCUGGCAGAGACGGAGGACGCACCCUUUUACAACAAAUUCCAAGAGAUGCUGUCAUUUACGGAAACAUUUGAUGAGGAGAAAAAAGCUUUCCUCCCUGUUCUGGCGUCGAAAGGAAAAGAGGCGGAGCUGAGUGAAGAUUCCCUCAAGAUUCGAGAAGCGUGGGACACCCUUGCCUCUCAGAUGAAUGAAUGGAAAGCCCAGCUGGACCAGUCGUUGCCUCAUCCUCUGGAUGCCCUUGAAUCCUGGCUGCAGGAGGUUCAACAGCAGCUGGCAGAAGAACUCCCGGAUUCUCAAGCCCACCGCAAAACAGUGGCUGCCCUUGAAGAGAAAAUGAGAUCCAUCCGGAGCUUGAUGCAACAUUUCGAAGAACGCGCGGAGACCCUGCAGUCCUUCCAGAAUAGAGAUGAGACGGGCGCACUGCUGGUACCGCCUCAGAAGCUGGAAGAGAUGAGAAGGAGGUUCAGCAACAUUCAGCUUACAGAGUUCAGCACCCUUGUGGAAUACUACCAUUCAUUCUGCGCAGCUAUGCUGGAGGAGCUGACGUCAAAGCUGAACAUCUGGCACAUUAAAUAUGGGACCAAGGAGAGUGUGGAGGCACUUCUGUCAGACUGGAAUGGUUUUAUUGAAGAGAAAGGAUUCCUUGCCCAGCUAGAAACGGCACUUCACAUAUGUGAAGAGAAGAAGAACAAAAUCAUAAACACUGCUAAUUAUGGUGCUGUUCCUCAGGAUACAGUCAAGCUUUUUAAGAUGAUAGAACUGAAAAUUUCCACGUGCAAAGAAUACAUUUAUAAUGUGAACGCAACUCUGCAAAAGAUUUUAUCAUCAUGGGCCAUCUAUACAGAGAACGUCCACUUGCUAAAAGCUUGGCUGGAAGAGACGCGGAAAUCACAUCCUAGAAAGAUUCCCACAGAGAUCCUGGCGGCCUGGAACUCCCGGCACGGCUCUUUAAACGAAGCUGGAAACUUUUUGAUUGAAGCCAGUAAUGAGGAGGUGGGGUCAGCACUUUCUGGGGAACUCAAAAAGUUGAAUGGAAGAUGGGCAAAGCUUAUAAAGAAGACACAGUUUGAAAUGCGAUUGCUGAGAGGCGUGGAUUCUCCUACUGAAGCUCUGAAUAUGGCCUUUGAGAGUGCUGAGAGCCUCCCUGGCAGUCCUCGUGCCGGUAUGCCCACCCACGAAACCUCCUUAUCUGAACAGGAAAUCAAGCUAAAUUUCGAAGAGGCUCAGAAGGAGCUCGAAGCAUCGGUUUUAAAAGCAAUGCAGCUGCUUGGCCAGAAGAUGAGCUCCAAGGGACAAGCGUCAAAAUAUGAAGAAGCUUUUAGCAUCUUGGAUGCCAAAAUACUUGGCAAGUUUUUGAAAGCAGCAGAACAAUGGAAAGAUGUCUCGCCUGCUCCUGAAAAGGCGGCGGUGGAAGAAAGGAGCAAAGAUGUUUGUGAGAGAUGGGAGGCGGUUCGCCGUGAGAUUGUGUCAUACAUCCAAUUAAAAAUGGAAAUUGAGAAACAGAAAUUGAGUAAGAUUUUUUCGAAGCUCAACAAACAAUUAACUAAAGAGAAGAAACUGCUCAAUGCUGGGAAAACCAAAGGACUUAUUAAGGAACACGAGGCCAUCUUUUCGGAGAGCGGCAGCCUUGGCGAACUUAACAACAGCUUGCGGGUUCUGGAAACCCUGAGCAAGAAAAUGGCCGAAGGGGAAUCGCAGCCCAAAAUGAAGAUGCCCAUGGAGGAAUAUGCAAAAAAGAAAGAAGAUCUUCUGCAGCGGGCGACAGCCGUCCACGAGGCUCUGGCGUCUCUGUCUACUGAUGGCCGUUCAUCAAAGAGAGAGUGGGACCCCAGAGAUGUUGCUGACACAAGCUUGGAAGGAGAAGUGAAAUUUCAAAAUGGAGGGCACCGCACCGAGAAGCUCGGACAAGACGACAACUGGCCCAUAAAGGGAUUAAAAGAGAGCUGCGACACAGCAAGAAGCAAUCUGAAGCUCCACCUGCGCACGAUCAGAGAGAGCGUCACCUCUGGUUUUACGGAUGAUGUGAAAGACACUUCCUGCUUCCAGAACAAGCUGGAUGAGUUACAGACUUUAGAGAGUAAAGGCGAUUCUUCAUGGAAGCAGUUUGAAGAGAUGGCUUUAAAGCUGGAGACUGAAACGGAAGAAUAUGCAGACACAGUAACAUCUCGGGAAGAACUGCUCCAAGAAUGGAACAAGCUCCGGAUUGCUUUAAAUGAACGGAUGGAAUCUCUAAAGGCUGCUUGGGCCUUUAUUUUGCCGGUGGGAAACGAAUGGGCUGUGCUCUGCAGCUUGGAGAAGCAGCUCUGCAAAAGAAGUGUGCAGCAGGGCAUGCUGACUAACAGCGAUCUCGCCAGCAAACAACUGAAGGAAAUGCAGGCUUCUAUUGCGAAUUGCAUCGAGCAGUGCAACAAGCUGGAACAAGGCAACCCCGCUGGAGGGAGGCUUGACCCGGUAGAUCGGCAAGCAGCGUGCGUGAUGGUGGUUAAAUACAAAGAGUGGUUUGAAGAACUGGGCGAUAAGAUGGAGGCUGUUGGAAGGACCCUGCAAGAGCUGGAGAUUUUCCUGGCUUCCCUGAGAGGUUUGAGGCAGUCGCCGGAGAGUCCUGAGGAGGCCCUCGUGUUUGACGCCCGAGCCCCACAGGUAUCCAAGGCAGAUGCCUUGUGGGAAGAGGCGAAAUCACUAGAUGAGCAGCUGGUGAGGGUCAAUGUCUGCCUGGAUGAUGCCGACGGCAGGAGAACAACGUGUAUCGGGAUGCUCGAUGCGGCUUCGCGCACUAAGGAAAAUCGUGCCGUCAGUUCUGGGGGGAAACACGGAGUUGCCCAGGAUUCUGAAGCGCAGGCGGAAUUUGCCCUGAGGGCUAGCGAGCUCCUUAAAAACAUUCAAGAUAUCCACGAUACGAUUGGUAAAAUCGGCUUGAGAGACCCGACGAUUCCUGCUAUUCAGCAAAGGCUGAAAUCGUUAAACGAACUGAAGCAGAAGCUGAAUCGCCACGCGGUGGAAAUGAAAUCCUUAAAAGAAAUGAGCAGUCAGCUUUCACAGUCCGAGGGGGCAGACGAUGUCACUUUGCGGUGGGCAGUUAUGGAAGUCUUAUGGAAAGAGACAAAGCUCUCCAUUGCUGAAAGACAGGAGCAGUGCACUCAGGCGAUAGAGCUCUUGAAACAGUUUCACAGCUGCAAAAACUGUCUGGCCAGCAUCACUCAGGAGCAAGAGCGUACCCUGUCUCAGCAAGCGUCUUACAUGGGGAAGGAGAACCUCCAGAGGAUAAUGGCCAAGGUUGAGAUGGCCAAGAAGGAGUUCAGCAGCCACUCCGAAGACAUCGACAAGAUAAACCAGAUCAGCAAAAACCUUCAGUUCCAGCUGAACAAAAUGAAGAGCUUUGAGGAGCCCCCCUUCGAGAAUGAGGCUAAUGUCAUUGUAGACAGAUGGCUGGACAUAAACGAGAGGACGGAGAAUUAUUGUGAUAAUCUGGGAAGAGCCCUGGCCUUGUGGGACAAGCUCCUGAAUUUAUCCGGCUCUAUCGACCUGUGGACCAACUCGGAGCUGAAGAACAUAGAAGACCAUCAUCUGACUGAGGAAGAGUUAGCAGAACUGGAGGCUGGUCUACAGUACCAAGAAAAAAACUUAGAGGAAUUUGACAGAAAAGUGGACGAAAUACAAAAUCUCCUCAAUAGUAGUGAGCCGCUACUGGAACUACAGGUCAUCAGAUCUUCUCUUUCGAACAAAAUGGAGCUAAUAAGAAAGCACUUACCCAACAAGUCAAUCCCUGCUGAACUCAACGGCAAUACGGCUGAGCUAAAAGGGGAUCUUGACCUGGCCAAGACGCAGAUCGGAAUGACUGAAUCGCUUCUGAAAGCUUUGUCUCCCUCAAACACUUUGGAGAUCUUUACUAAAUUGGAGGAACUACAUCAAAAGAUUCUUCAGCAAAAACACCAUGUGACAUUGCUCCAGCAAAAGACCGGUUGUUUGAACCCGGAUGUGAUUGAAUUAAACAAGCAGCUUAAAAGUGUUACUGACUUGUUUAAUUCAAAGAAGCAGAUCUUCCAGGAUCAUUUUUCCACUCUCUUGAACUAUCUGUGUAAGGAUUUUAAUGACUGGUUCAGUGGUACAUGGAUGUCUCUAAAGGAAUGCUUCGAUCCCCUGGGAACAAAAGAGCUAUUAGAAGAGAAGCUUCAACAGCUGAGGAGCUUCCUCACUUUUGAAGGCAAAGGCGAUGACAUCCAGGAGGUGAAAACUCUUCUGAGCAAGGUGAAGAACUACCUGCCCAAGGCCACCGUCAACCAGCUGAGCAUCUGGGUGAGAGACCAGGAAGCAGAGUUACAAAGAUUGACUUCCAGAUGUCAGGCAAGAGAAGAAGAGCUCCAAGAAUCUUUGCAGCAGUUUGCCAGGCUAGAGGAAGACUUCAGUGCUCUAGAAGAAUGGCUAAGCCUUCAAGAAGAGAAAUGGCAAGAGUGCCAAAAGGAAAACCCGGAACUCGAACAUGUUUACCAGAUUCUACUAAAACAGAGAGAGUCGUUUGAUUCUUUGGCUUGGUUGGCACGUUCUUUGAGCCAGUCUGGAUUUUCAAGCGAUGAAAUGGUGCUAGGAUCAACAGAGCUGGUUGACCGGUACAAGACGCUCCUCAGCCGUGUACGUAAAAACCUUGGAGUUUCUCAGGCACUUUCUGUCGAAGAAAAGAACUUCGAGGAGCUUGCCCAGAGCAUGCUCUCGUGGGUCCAAAGAGUGAAAGAUUCAGUCUCUGAGCUGAGGUCUGAGGAAGCCAAGAUGACGUCGGAAGAAAAAUUAUGCCAGAUAAAGGAAAUUGUACGGCUGAGAGACGAAGGUGACAUGAAGUUACAAAACGCUGCGGCUCUUGGGGAACACUUGAAGACCAACGACAGGAGUAAGGCGCUGGCCGUUCAGCAAAUGGUUUCCAGCAUCCGAAAUCAGUGGGAACACGCUAUUGCUCUCGCCACUGAAUAUCUGAGGCAUCAAGAAGAACGGCAGUAUCAAAUGGAACAAGACAGGCAAAGAGAGGAAGAUGUCCCGGCAGUCGUGUGGGAACCGGAGCAACUGGCACAGGGAUUAAGUCUCGAUCGUCAGCCCACCUCACCGGAGAUACAGACUCAGUUAACUGAACUCCUACAGGAAGCAACAGGCUUAAGCAGUUUGUUGUGCAGUUCCUUGGGGAAUGGUGCUGAAGGCUCCUUCGCUGAAGAAUCAUUGAUGGAGUUAAGACAUCUCCACAACAGUCUCCUUAGCCAGCUGCAGAAUGUGGCAAAACUCUUGGAAGGCCACGAUGAAGAGCACCGGUGCUGUGAAGAACUCACAACGCGCUUGAGGAUUACGCUGAAGGAAAUCUUGGAGCCUUCUGGCGGGGAGCAAAAGCAGGUCCAGCAAAAUCCUCUUGGCCCAAUGGAGCAGACAUUACAAGAGAUUAUAGCUUUAGUAGAAUCUGUCAAGCAGAAACCUUUCCUGCUGCAGCAGAAGUUUAUUAAGGACGGGAUGGACGCGCCUCAGUGUCAACUCAAAAAACGUUUCAAAAGUAAACACGAAUGGACGGAGCAUGAGCCUAGGAAUAUCCUCAGCACUGUGCUCAAGCAGAACAAUGGAUUUUCUGAUAAAACGCCGGCCCAAGAGACGAUGGAGAAAACGAGAGAGACAGACCAGCUAGUCAUUUCUGAUUUCCCUAUUGCUACUAAAGAGAGCAAUUUGGAAGAAAGCCUUGUCGAAUGGCAGGAAAGAUCGGGGUUAAAAAGCAGCGUGAUGGAAAGCGACGAUUUGCGGCUCUCGACAAGUCGGAGGGGAAAGCGGGCAAAGAAAUCCAGACGAGCGCCAGCAGAUAAUCAUCUUGCCGACAAGCCUCAGCCAGGACAGCCGACCUAUGGAAAGCAAUUGCAAGCGAUGGGCGGGAGGUCAGAGGCUCCUCAAAGCACUUUGCAGUUAAUGAAUGGGAAAGUAAUGGGGGCCAACCUUGCUCCCUCUUCUGCUAUCCAUCAGCCCUCAGAAAGCAAGGGAUCCAUGGUGGAAGGAGUUUCCCAGGAAGGUUUUGCUCCACCCGAAUGCCAAGCAAUCACUGAAUAUGCUGAGAUGGAGCAGAAGGUCAAUGACAUGAAAAUCCAGGCUGCGGAGCUGGAUGUCGCAUUGAUGAAUGUCCAACUAGGAGAGAUAGAGCAUUUGUUCACCCAACUGGAAAAGCAGAAAGCAGAAGCCUUGUUGUUAUCGCAAGGAGAGUGCUGGACCACUGCACAAGUCAGCGAGACUGAUCCGUUGAACCUACACAGCCUAAUUUCUCGCUGGGACCGACUGCUCAAAGAUUUAACGACCGUUGAAGAGGCCAAACGGCAUCAGCUUCAAUUAGUUAAUAAUUACCAAGAAUGCCUUGCUGCUGUUCAGUCUUCCAUGAGACGUUUAUCAGCGGAAAAAGACCACAUCAAAACAAGGGGACCUGUGGAAGGCGCAGUUCUCCUGGAAAGCAUUCAAAAGUGCUUGGCUUCCGUGAAGAAAGAGAGAGACCUUCUGAAUGAGCUGAAGACCCAACAAGAACAUUUAUCCAGAUGCCUUAAAGACAUGGACAAGGAGUUAACUCAAAGCCAGGUGGAGCAAGCCGAGCUGUGGUGGGAUCACACCGAGCGCUCACUUCAAAGGAAGCAACUUCAGGUCGUGGCAGAGGCCGGUGAGUUUAAACGCCUCAUGAAUCAAGCUCAGGGGCUCCAAAGGUCGCUAGAAUGGCAGUACCGUUCGCGAAUGGGAUUAAACGUUCCUGGCGGAGAAGGAAAUGUGCACCCAGCAUUGUUGUCCGUAGAACUGCAGACCCUGGAGCAGGGCAUCGCUCAGUUCAAGAGAGACACCGAGAUGCAGAUGAAGAGGAUUUGGAGCGAUUCAGAAAAAGGAUUGCUGGAAAACGCGAUGAACGAUUUGCAGAACCAAGUGGAGGAGCUACAGCAGCUGACCCCUCGAGAAGGUGUCCAGAUCACUGGCAGUUGUCCUCGGACUUACGGACUUACGAAGAGGAUGGAAGAGGCCAUUUUGUGGGUCAGAGUCAAGGCGCUCCAGCUGAAUGAGAAGGCGCCGCUUUCCCCAGAUGACGUGAUGUCCCAAAUCAGAAAUUAUCAGGUUAUGAUCGAAGAAACCAAAGGCAAAGAACCAGCUCUCACCCAACUGGCUGACGAAGCCUGGAGCGUCGCUUCUCAUUUGGAGUCGGGAGAAGCCUCGGAUCUCGGCUCCCUUUCCUCGCAGUUACAAGCUGAGUACCGAGACCUUGGCCUGAAAUUAGCACAGAGGCUGCAAGAGCUGGAAUCUCAACUGGGAAAGAGACAAAAGCUUUUUGCAGAUGUGGAAAGGGUUGAAGCCCAGCUUGCGGAGGUCGAGAGGACGUUGGCCUCUGACACCUGUGAAGCGAGCGCGACGUCUGACUUGGAGCAGUGCCAAGCUGCUUUGGAAAGGAUUCCUGAUGCUGUUCAGGAAAUGGAAGGCCUAAUAGGUGAACAUUUGAAAGACUUUCCUCAGGGGCUAAACAUAUUCGAGCAAUUGUUUUUAGACAGCUGUUUAAGAAGCCUCAGGAGCAGAGCGAAGAGAGCCUACAGGCUCAUCCAGGACAGAUGCUGUACGGUGCAAAGGAAGAUCAACGCCUGGAGAAAGCUUUCAGAAAAAAUAACUGCAUUGCAGCAGGAUCUCAGCAGUUCUCAGUAUGGUGAGUUGCACGGGAAACCCAGGGAUCUGUUGAGUACAGAGGAGGAGGUCCAGGGUAAAGUGAAAGGGUUUAAGGAGAGAGCUUUGGACCUCCAGUCCAGGUUAUCGCAUUUGCACCGACACAAGGAAGUGUGGGAAUGCCUGGGUCUGAAAUGGGACGUCUCAGGCCUCGACGAACUGCAAAGCCAGCUUUGUCAAAUGGCAAAAGGCCUCUCUGCAGAAUGCGAUGGGUACCAAACGCCGCUAAAUGAGGUUGAAGCGAUUGUAUCCAGCCUUCAGAAAGACUGCGAGGCCUUAAGAGACGGUCCCAGCUCUGCCCCUGAAACCAGUCUGAUAUCAGCAAAGAUUCUGAGUCAGAGAUUGCAACAGGCCAGAUACUUAACUCAGGAGGAACUCGGUCUGUUAGAAAAAAACGAGACUUUGAGUGCAUCUCUCAAGGAAGCCAAGAGGCAGCAAAUGAAGAACUUGGGAGUGCAAAUAGACGGGUUGACGCGAGUAAUACAAAGUCAGAUCUUGUCUUUUGAAGACAAAUGUGUGCCUAAACAAGAUCUUCAGAGCGAGCUGGGUCAUAAUUUGCAGAUCUGGAAGCAAGGCGAAGCUGAGCUCCAACAAACUCUCGAGGUCACCUUAGAAACAUAUACGAUCCUCAGUGAAAAGAUGUACUGCAAAGCACUUGAAGAUGUCCUAGGAGCAGAAUUUGGUGUUGCUGAAGCACUGAUAAAAAAAGAGAGGGAAGGUAUGGAAGAAAAAUCCCUCAGUGACUUGGAAACAAAAUUAAGUGAACUGCAAAACUUGAAAGUACGGCUGAAAGAAGGCAUUGCCACACGUAUAAUUGCCUUGGAGGAGGCCUACAGGACUGUUAAGUCUUACAACGAAGCUGUCCGGAAGGCUGCAGAUCUCGUCCGUCAGCACGAGUCCCUCCUCUCCUCUCCUCUGCUCAGCUUGUGCGAGCUGGAAGAGUCUUGCCUGCUUCCUCACCGAAUGCAAGAAGAAUUUGAGGCAGUAAAGGCCAAAGUGGAAACGCUCGCCUCCUCCCUGGGGCACCUCGUUCAACCAGCCCUCAAGCCGCAGUUGGAAAAAACACUUUGUGAUCUAGUUGCUAAGAGCCUGGAACUAAAGGAGCAAAAUAUGAAGAAGAAAUCUGAUGUUCAGAGAUGUUUUGAAAAAUACCGCAGCUUUACAAAAUCCAAAGAGAAGAUAUGCGCUGAUCUUCAGGAUAUAGAGAAGAUGGUUGGGAAAACUUUAUACUGCACGCCGGGAUCUUACAAAGAAGCUUUGGAGCAGUCUGAACAAAGCAAGGCAUUGGCCUCCCGACUGGCUUCAGCUGAAGAGGAUCUCAUGAAGCUGCGGCAGGACUUGGGAUGUCUGAGCGGGAUGUGCACAGAAGACGACCGCCUGCUGCUUGCCAGCGUCCUGUCAGCGGUGUGGCUGAAGUGGCUGAGUUUGCUCCAGGCUGCCAGGGAAUGGGAGAGCAGGUGUGAGGAGCAGAGCCAGGAGUGGAAAUCUGUCAGCGAGGAAAUUGAGCGAGAGACAAUCAUUCUAGACAAUCUUCAGGAAGAUUUACCUGAAACCCCCAAGGAGAAAGAGAGGUCCACCAAAGAGGAGCUGCAGGCAUUUCUGGAAUGCGCAAACUGUUACCAGGACGGUGUGAACGCUGAGGAAUUGUUCUUGCGCUUAAUACUUGACCGCAUAAGGCACAUUCUAAACAUCCCUCAGGGUCCCACAGAGAAGGCAGAAGGCGUUCCUGUUGUGAGGGAAAUUCGUGUCAUGCAAGAUAGACUGAAUGAGCUCCAACAAAAGGCUCAGAAGCAAAAGGAUGCUGUGCUGUCUGAGAUUCAAGACCGGGCCAAGGCAAGCGAUGAAAUAGAUGCUGUGAAGAAUUCCUUGCAAGACUCCAUGCUGUUGCUUCGUAGCUUGGACUCAGAGGCACUUCCUGAAAGGACGGCAAAACUUGAGGAGAUCCAGAGAGCCCUUGACAGUCAGAAAGAAACUCUUGAGCAGAUCAUGGACAGACUACGGAUCAAGUACUCUGAAAUGUACACGAUAGUCCCUGUGGAGAUUGAAAAACACGCGGAGGAUUGCAAGCAGAUUUUGCAAGACUUAGAAGAAAAGGUCAGUGCUGAAGUCCUGAAAAACUCCCCUCACUACACCACAGAUAAAAAAAUAGAAGACAUUAAUAAAGGCCUCCAAGCUGUUGAAAACAUGUUACAGCAGAAGAGUGCAGAUGUAACAAAAGCCAAAGAAAUACAAAAGAGAAUCUGGGAUUUGCUAGACCUUUGGCAUUACAAAAUGAAUGAGCUGGACGCCGAAGUCCAAGACAUUGUCGAGCAAGACCCUUGCCAGGCCCAAGAGCUGAUGGAUCGCUUGAUGAUCCCGCUGCAGCAAUACCAGCAAGUCUCGCAGCGUGCCGAGCGCAGGACAGCACAAAUAAACAGGGCUGCCAGCAAGAUGGAAGAGAGUGAGGAGCUCCUGAAGAGCAGCAGGACGUGGCUCGAAAGCACCAACCGUCUGCUGACAGAGGAGGCGAAGAGCGACUCAGCAAAAGCAUUGAACAAACAUGCCAGCGCGCUCCAGAUAGCAUUGGAAGAUUCAGAACAAAAGCAGAGCAGUCUCAGCACCAUGAUUCCAGAACUGGAUGAGUUGUCCAGCUUGAUUGAAACUGACAGUACGGUGAAGCGGCUGAAUGAAGUGAAAGGAGAAGUUGCAGCCUUACAACAAAAGAUAGUGGGGAUUCUCCCACUUAUUCAACACUUGGCUGACGAGUUGGAAGCUAUCGAAACCGAAGUGAGAACGAUGGAGAAAGACGCAGACAGGAUUAAGAUGAUCCUGUCCCCUUCCGAAGACACCCUGGAGUUUUCUCCCAAAGAGCAUCUUAAACAUGGCCAGGUUAUAUUGGCCUACAUUGGCCCUAUGAAGAAGGCCCUCAGGGAGAUCCAGUCUUACCAAGAACGUCUUCGGCUUCCUGGUGUGAAGCUCCAACCUUUCUCCGCAUUCCAAAGGACAAAGCAGAUUUUGAAAGAUUUGAAGACAUUGGAAAGAAUGGCCAAGGAGCAAAAUGAGCUACUUGAGCCAAUCGUAAACGAGAUGGAGCGAUGUGAGCAAGAGAUAGAGACGCUGAAGCUGUUGUUAAAGGGCCACUUGAAUGAAUCGUCUACAGAAAUCCCAUUCGCUGCUCAGGCUGCUUCCUACCCAGAGGGCGAAGAGAUGCAGGAUAUAAAGCAAAAGAUCAUCCUCCUGUGCCAGACCAAGGACGGCCUCUUGAUGACCACAAAGGAUUCCCUGCUGGAGCUUCACCAGCGCCACGAACAAUCUGAACCGGAAGAUGAGGGCGUUGAGUCUCCGGCGCCGGAGGAAAGUGGGUUGGUCGACGGAGCAGGUGCUGAUCGGCAGCUGUCCAAGCGAGGGUCGCUGUCUCUUCUACCUUCUGUGGUUGAAGAAGCAGAAGACAGCUCAUUCCACGGCGAAGGUGAAUCCGCCGCCAGCCCAGUCGCAAGCGGUGCAGAGCGCCUAGUGACAACCUUGGGAGGGGUGGAUACCACCGAUAAGCCUGCCGCCCCCCAGCCCGCUCAGCUCCUCCAUGUGUGCCAGGAAAAAGUUGCCGAGCUGGAAAGGUGGCUAGACAAAGCGAGAGAAUCCCUGGGAUCAAAAGGCCCAACCCGUCAGAUGCAGCAGGCGGUGGAGCAGCAUCUCGCUGCGUGCCAGGCAAUGCUGUUAGAGAUUGAGCAGAAGGUGGGGUCCCUGUUGGAGGACUGCAAAGACAGGCAAACCGACGACAGCCAGAGCCUCCAGCAAGAAGCGGAGAACCUUUCCUUGAAACUUAAGGACGUGAAAUGCAACUUGGAAAAAGUCCAUGGCAUGCUCCAGGACAAAUAUGCGGAAGAACAGCUCAUCCUUGAUGCAAGUACCUCAGAGGAGCUGCCCAAGCCUUUCCAUGUGGACUUCUCCAGCGCAUUUCCUCAAACUAUCUCUGACAGACCUUUGUUCAAUAGGCUUAAUGGAUUACAACAGCAGCAGGAGCUGCUGUUAAAGCUGUCUGAACAGAAGAACCUCAUAGACUUCAUUGAAGUGUAUGUGGAGAUGAUGCAACCGCACUCGGUGGGCAGCCUCCUUCCGGAAACCAGUCAUGAGGCAUCCGUCUUGGGAAAUGGACCUCCUGAACUCAUCACAAAGGACCCAACAGGUGACAAAUGGCAGUACUUGGAAGAAGAGCUGCUGUUCAAGAUGAAGCCCCCUCACUGCCAAUUCACUGAGCCCCAGAUCUCUACCAAAAUAAAUAUCCUGCCCAAGGGUGCUGUGUCGAGUGUGAGAACUCCAACAGUGGAGGAGCUGAAAAAGUACACCGCACAGCUUGGCAAUCUCAGUCAAGAAGCAUCGGUUCAGAUACAGGAGAGCCCAACGGGGGACGUUCCUUUGAGUUUGGAUCAGAAACUCUUUGAGCUGCUUCUAGCCAUCAGCUGCUGCCUGAACAGCAUGGAGCAGAUGCUCAACACCUGCGUGCUCACCAGCCAAGAAGCCCCCCUGCAGCAGGAGCUUUACGAGACUCUGUCUGUGGAGUUGCAGAAACUUCACGCUGAUAUUGGUAAGAAGAAGGAUGAUCUUUUGAAGUCUAUAACCUCUGCUGGCGGCAGUCCUGACAGGUUCUCCCAGUGUUUUAGCAACCUGCAGGCGUGGCUUCAGCUGACGCAAGAAGCAACUGCUUCUAGGGGUAAAUCUAUGAAAGCCGAGCUGGACUCUUGCAGUAAUUUUCAGAACGAAAUCAGGCUAUUGUACGAUGCCUUGAUGGAGAAAAAAUCCACGCUGCAACAGUCCUUCGGCGCGAUGAGUGGGCACAGCAUUUCCGAGCAGCUCCAGAAAAUCAACACCUAUGAGUUGGAAGAACUUGAAAACUUCGAGACGCAGACAGUGAAAUUGCAAGAUCAUGCAGAGAGACUUAAUUUGCCUGUUGCCUUGAUCCAUGACGUUUAUAAACUGGAGGAUGUGCUGGAUGACCUCUGGGGGACCCUAAGAGCUAAACAAAGGGAACUAACCCCUGCGUUUAUUAGUGAACGACAGUAUGAACCUUUGUUGCGCGGACUACGGGAACUCAUAGAUCUUGGGAAAGAGAAAGUCGCUCAGGGGACGAAUCUGAAAGCCACCAGUCGGCCUAAUUUGCAGCUUCAUCUUCAAGAUCACAAGAAUUUUUUCUGCAAGCUGAACGCUCAUAUGCUGCUUGUGGAAAUGUGUUCCAAAAGAAUGACACCUUCUCUGUUGCAAAAGAGAGAGAGACUCUGGAAGGAGCUGGUUGAGGAGGUCAAAUCUUUAGAGCAGCAGGCGGUCAUAUAUGGAUCCCAUUUGGAGAGAAUACAGCAGGACUGGAGAGAUUUUGAUGAGGCUUACUCCUCCUUCUGUCAAAAAUUAGAGGCGUUAUCAUCUUCUGUGCCUUCUGUAACUCUGGUGGAAGAAACAGAAGAAAGGUUAAUGGAAAGAUCUGGACUCCUCCAGCAACUCAAAAGAAACAUGGAAGAAGAACAGGGAAGGUAUCAUCAGAUACUGAAAGAAGGGAAGAAAUUAAUGGAUCUUACAAACUGCCCUGAGUUGGAAAGCCAGGUUGGGAAACUAGAAGACCAGUGGACGUCUCUAUCCAAAAAAGUGGGUCACGAGCUGCAGAGACUUGAGACUUUAUUCAGACUCUUGUCCAGUUACGUCCAAGACUCAAAAGAGCUGGAGAAGUGGUUGGAGUCCGCUCAGCAGAGGGUGAAUUUUUGGAAGGAGCAAUCUCUCGAUGCAUCCCAGGACCUGAACACUGUCAGCCACAACAUACACAGCUUACUUGCAUUCUUGAAAGAGUUUGAUGGUAAAUCUUCCUUGAAAUCAUCAGUCAUCAGCACCGGCAAUCAGCUUUUGCUAAUUAAGGAGUCCGACGCUGCCAUGUUCCGAUCCAUGUUGGCAGAAUUUGAGCAGAAGUGGGCGGAUCUGAUGGCUCAGCUCCCAAGCAUCCAAGAGAAGCUUCACCAGCUCCUGAUGGCCAAGCUGCCAUCUAAUGAGGCCAUCACAGAAUUAAUCGCCUGGAUGAACAGCGUAGACCAAGAAAGACGCAGUGAGGCCUCUGUCAGUUCAAAGAGCACCACAUGCCAAGUGAAGGACCUUCUCAAGAAGUACAGGGAACGCCUGAUGGAAAUGAACUUUAAGCAGUGGGUCGUCGAUUGUGUCAACCAGUCGCUACUGCAGAUGACGACCUGCGAUGUGGAAAGCAAGCGAUACGAGAGGAUGGCGUUCGCCGAGCGUCUCGGGGAGAUGAAUCUGCAGUGGCACAGGCUGCAGGGUUCCUUGAACAGAAAGAUAAAGGAACUGGAGCAGGUUUUGGAGACCGUUACCGAAAAUGAAAACAGAGCCCAGUCCUUGGGCAGUUGGUUGGAAGCCCAAAGCGGAAGGCUAACGCUUCUGGAGAAGCCGUUGAGUUUCAUCCAUGCACAGAGCACAGCGGAAGAGUGCAAGGCACUAGAAAGCCAGUUAGCCACUAAAUCGGAGGAAAUGGAUCAGCUGAAAUACAUUUUAGGUGACUGCGCAGAACUUCCUGAGGAGAUUGCAUCAAGACUCAACGAACUGGAUCAACAGAGGACCGGAGUUGUCAACCAGGUUGCUGCGCUGAAGGCCUCAGCCCAGGCGUCUUUAGAGCGGUGGAGGCUUUAUGACGAAGCCUGGGAAGAAGCCAAGUCUGCCCUUGCCAGAGCUUUCUAUUGCACGGAGCACAGCAAGCCUCCUGUGAUUACGCUGGAGACCCUGAGAAGCCAGGUGGAAAACCUCCAGGCUCUUCAAGACAAAGCAGAGGGGAGUGAAGAGGUCUGGGCUAGACUCCACGCUGCUGGUGACCAUCUGAAGAAGUUGUGUGAUCCUGCGUGUUCGGGCCUUAUCGACCAGAAAUAUAAGGAGGCACAUAGAAGGUGGGUGCUGCUCCAUGAAGACGUAGCCGGUCAGCUGCAGAAAGCCCAGACUUCCUUGCAGCUUUGGGAAUCGUACGCUGGCUUACGCGCCAAGGCGAUGGCCAAGCUGGACAAACAUGAAGAGCAGUGCGCCUCCCUUUUGGGGGCUGCCAUUCCUGCAAGUGGUACCAUGGACUUCCUGAGGCAGAAGUCGCAGGACAUCAAAAACCUGCAAGUCGGUCUUCAGAAUAUCAAAGGAAGUCUUCUCCAGGUUUCUGAGCUGGCAGAGAAGAUAGCUCAGGCAGCCGGACCUCCAGCAGAGUCUCUUCUUCCAGAGAAGCUCCUGCCAGCUCAGAGGAUCUCCUAUUUGGAACAGAUGUUGCAGAUGAAAGUGAACGAGUUUCAGUUUAGUCUUCUGCAGCUAGAAGAUUUUGAGAAUUGCUUGGAACAACUGGAAAAUCGUGUUAAGGAGACCACAGAAGCCUUGGACAGUCCGAAUCAAGGAGAUGAAGGCUCAGAUCUGCUGAUGAGCCAGAUGUUGGGUCUCACCGCUUUGUCUCCCGAGAUGGAGAAUCUGAACGAAGUCAGCUUGAAGCUCCCCCUCGGUGACUUCACCGCCAAGCGACUGCAGAGCCUGAACAGGCUGUGGGCUCAGAAGACAGCCAUGGCCCUGGAGCAGUGCAGUGAACUGCAGGAGAUUCAGUCGGAUGAAAAGUUUCUGGCAAGAUGUCAGAAAUGGGUUCAAUUCUUCGAGAAGGUGAAGGAGAGGUUGAAAGACGACGUGGCUGGGACUCUACAAGAACUAGAGGAGCAGCAAAGAGAUUACGAGAUAAUGCAAGCAGAGAUUACUGUCCAGCAGCAAAUUUUUAAUUCUAUUGUUUCGAAAGCUUUGCACAUGCUGGAAUCAGGAGAAGCUGAAAACAGGACCGAAUUCAUCUCCAAGCUCACCCUGCUGAAGGAGCAGUGGCAGAGUGCCGUUCUGACGGCUCAGCAGAGAAAGGGCGAGGUCGACAGCCUUGUCAAGCGGUGGCGCAAGUUCAAGGCCUUGAUGCGAGACCUCACGAGAUUCCUGGAGGAGACAAAAAGCUUCGUCGCUGCUGUGAAGAGUCAGGACAAGCACAGCCUGUGCCAAGUCUGGAACCUGAGCCAGGAUUUCAAGAAUAAAGAAGUCCUUCUUCGAAGGUGCCAAAUGAGGUAUUCUUUAGCCUUGGAUACUGAGGAAGAGCUACUCGGCACAGCAAGCCCUGAAGCAAAAGUGGACCUCCAGAAAGAGAGGAGUCAGUUGCAAGAGAGUUGGAGCGAUGUUCAGCUUCAAGUAGAGGAGAUCACCAGACAGUUUCAAGGCACCAUACAGGCAUGGGAGAGCUCUGAAAGACAGGUGGAAGAGUCGUGCCAGAGUCUGCAAGAGCUCAAUAUGAGAAUAAAAGAUCCUCUCCCGGCAGAGCACGAUGAGCUGCAGACGGCAAAGGAGCAGAUGAAGGAACUGGAGAAGUCCCUGGCCAGCUGGAACAGGAGCCUGCAAGACCUUGGCACCAUGAAGGCUGACCUGGCUCACUGUCUUCUGGCCGAAGACGUGAUGGUCCUGCGAGAGCAAGUCCAGCAUUUGCACAGACAGUGGGAAGAGCUCUGCCUUCGCGUUUCUCUACGCAAGCAAGAGAUCGAGGACCGACUCAACGCCUGGAUUGUGUUCAACGAGAAGAAUAAGGAGCUCUGCGCUUGGCUGGUGCAAAUGGAAAGCAAAGUGCUACAGUCAGCAGACAUCAGCAUCGAGGACAUGAUAGACAAAUUGCAGAAGGACUGCAUGGAGGAAAUCAACCAAUUCAGUGAAAACAAGCUGGUCUCUCUAAAGCAAGUGGGCGACCAGCUGAUCAAGGCCAGCAACAAGAGCCGCGUGGCCGAAAUCGACGAGAAACUCAACAAAAUCAACGAUCACUGGCAGCACCUCUUCGACGUCAUUGGAGGACGGGUGAAGAAACUGAAGGAGACUUUUGCUUUCAUACAGCAGCUGGACAAAAACAUGAGCAAUCUUCGCACCUGGCUGGCUCGCAUCGAGUCCGAGCUUUCCAAGCCUGUCGUAUAUGACAUCUGCGAUGAUCAGGAGAUACAGAAGAGACUUGCAGAACAGCAGGAUCUCCAGCGGGACAUCGAGCAGCACAGCGCUGGUGUUGAAUCGGUGUUCAACAUCUGUGAGGUUUUGCUGCAUGAUUCUGAUGCUUGUGCAAACGAGACCGAGUGUGACUCCAUCCAGCAGACCACCAGGAGUUUGGAUCGCCGCUGGAGGAACAUCUGUGCUAUGUCUAUGGAGAGGCGAAUGAAGAUUGAGGAGACCUGGAGAUUGUGGCAGAAGUUUUUAGAUGACUACCGUCGCUUUGAAGAGUGGCUGAAGAUGGCAGAGAGGACAGCAGCAUCUCCAAACUCUUCAGAGGUUACCUACACAAAUGCCAAAGAGGAGCUGAAGAAGUUCGAGGCAUUUCAGCGUCAGAUCCACGAGCGGCUGACGCAGCUGGAGCUGAUCAACAAGCAGUACCGGCGGCUGGCCCGAGAGAAUCGCACCGAUUCCGCCAGCAAGCUUAAGCAGAUGGUCCAUGAGGGGAACCAGCGGUGGGACAACCUCCAGAAACGUGUGACGGCGAUUCUGAAGAGGCUCAAGCACUUUACCAGUCAGUGGGAGGACUUUGUGGGGGCGAAGGACAGUAUCCUGGUGUGGCUGACGGAAAUGGACUUGCAGCUGACCAACGUGGAGCACUUCUCAGAGGGCAACUUUGAAGACAAAAUGCGGCAGCUAACCGGUUUCCAGCAGGAAAUAGCACUGAACAUCAACAAGAUCGAUCAGCUCAUUGUGUUUGGGGAGCACCUGAUCCAGAAGAGCGAGCCGUCAGACGCUGUUGUGAUUGAAGAAGAACUGAUGGAGCUCCACAAAUACUGCCAAGAAGUCUUUGGCCGCGUCUCCCGGUUCUACCAAAAGCUGACGUCCUGGCACCCGGGACUGGAAGAUGAAAAAGAGACCUCUGAAAAUGAAGCCGAUGCAGAAGACUCUAGAGGCGCUCAGACCGAUCCGUGGCACAAGAAAACCGCGCAGGAGGUGCCGCCCUCACCGCAGUCUCUAUGCCACCUCAUGCCCCCCGCAGUGGGCCAUGAACGGUCGGGUUGCGAGACGCCCGUCAGCGUGGACUCCAUCCCGCUGGAGUGGGACCACACUGGAGACGUGGGGGGCUCUUCAUCUCACGAGGAUGAGGAAGAGGAGCCGUACUACAGCGCUCUCUCAGAUAUAGAAAUCCCUGAAAAUCCCGAGGCCUAUCUUAAAAUGACCACAAAAGCUGUGAGAGCAGUUUCGGGAAAAUCUGCAUCCGAACCUCAUGUGUGGCACUCGCCCGAUGGCUCCGCUUGCCAGAAACACCUGUAUAACCAGGGGGAGAUGGUUAGAAAUGUCUUGCCGAACAGCCCGGAGACGAGCACACCCUUCAAGCCAAGCUACGUAAAACAACUCAGCAGCAGCAGCGUGGACAGCAUCAAGGAGAUCUCUGGGAUCUUGCCCAGUGAAGAGCCUCCAAGCAGCCAACGUCUCAUUGAUGUUGCAGCUGCAGAGAAGCAAUCAGGAGUCAUGGAGAGGUGGGAGCUCCUCCAAGCCCAGGACCUCAGCAAUAAGCUGAGAAUGAAACAGAAUCUGCAGCAGUGGCAGCAACUGAACUCUGACCUCGCCAAUAUCAACGCUUGGCUGGAUCAAAUGGAGGGGGACCUAGAAGAGCUGCAGAAGGAAGAUCCGGUCACCAGCAUCCAGACCAUUGAACAAAGGGUCAAGAAGCUGAAAGAGAUGCUCAAGGCCUUUGACAACUACAAGGCCCUUGUGCUGUCCGUCAACCUGACCAGCAGAGACUUCAAGCAAGCAGACAGUACCGAGUCCAAAGAGCUUCAGAACCGGCUCCGGCGGGUCAACUUGCGCUGGGAAAAGGCCACUCAUUUAGUGGGGACUUGGAGGAAGGGCUUACAAGAAUCCCUGAUGUGCUCCCAGGAUUUCCACGAGCUGAACCAGAAACUGCUGCUGUGGCUGGCCGGUGCCGAAACCCGGCGGCAUCAAGCGCGGGUUAAGGAUCCGAAUGCCGAUCCCCACGUAAUACAGGAGAGUCGGAAAGAAUUAAUGCAACUCGAGAAAGAGCUCCUCGAGCGGCAGCCUCAAGUCCAGGCCCUGCAGGAAAUCUCCACGUACCUGCUCUCCAGAUCGGACGGAGGGAAAUACAUCGAAGCGGACGAGAAAGUCCACAUCAUCGGGAAGAAACUGAAACAGCUUCUGGAAGGGGUUUCGCGGGACCUGAAGGUGGCCCGAAGCAGCCAGGAUAGAAGUACAUUUCUGCCAGGUUUGGAUGAACUGGACUCCGGAGGGACCCAGCAUCAACCUGAGAUAGCUGGCAUCUAUAAAAAGAAGGUGGAUGGGACGAAGACUCUCGAGAGCAGAAGGAAUAAAAGAGUGAAGGAGACGGGCACGGCCAGCCCCCCAGCCCCGGAGACCCCCUCCUUCUUCUCCCGCAUGUUGCGAGCCGCACUACCCCUGCAGCUUCUCCUCCUCUUCCUCUUGUUCUUGGCCUUUAUGAUCCCAUCUUCAGAGGAAGACUACAGCUGCACUCAGGCCAACAAUUUUGCCCGCUCGUUGUACCCCAUGCUGCACUACAUCAACGGGCCCCCGCCGACCUAAAACAAUCCGCGCCCUGCACUUCACCCCCAAAACGAACUUCUUUCGUGGGCAAAUCUUUUCUUUGCUGCUAACAUCCGUCCAACAUCUUCGUCCAGCCGAAGUUUCCCCCCUGGUUUCGUGGGGAAUUCCCGCCACGGUUGACCUGUGACGCCAAGGUGGAUCGUUACUAAAGUUUGAGACCGCCGUCGUGGCUGCCAGUUGACAAAACACUAAGCAAUAGCAUGCUAUCCCCGCAGUGCACUAGAGAACACGUCAAAGUUUCCACCUCCGAAACGUUGCUCCUUCAGCAAUUUCAGCAUUCGGGAGCGGGAAGGGAGCAGCUAUCAAUUCCUCACUUUUUUUUGUACAGAAGGUUCGUUUUUUUAAAUGUAUUUUUGAAGAAUAAGCAAUGUUAUUUGACACUUUGCACAAUGCAUAAGCGACCAGUAGAUGGUCUUUGCGCUGAAAGGUACGCAGAAUUUGCAAGAGUGUUGUGUUAGUUAGAGAAAUUAUUUUAAUGCAAAGGACAAAGGCCAUUGGGAAGUUCUCACAUUCAAGACCCGUUGAAAUGAAUUAGCCGUGCUCUUGAACGGCCUGGCGCGAAAGAAUUCCCUGCUGGGUCCUAUCCAUUUUUAAUGUGACCAAGAAAACCCAUCUUUUCAGUUGAUGCCUGACACGCACAGAAGUCACAAGCUUUUAUUUCCCACCAUUUUAAUAUCGUAGUAAAAGAAAGGUUUAAUUUUUUAAAAAAAAACAAACAUUUGUUAUGCUUUAGUAUUUUAGCUGCCCUAUCUUUCCAGUUCAGUAAGUUGUAUAUGUUUCCAGAGACAAAAAAAAAAAAAUUUAGUACGUAGAGCUGCCUUGUCUGACGGUCUUAUUUUUUGAACUAUUUUUUUAAAUGAAAUAAAGAAAGAAAGAUUAAACUAAA